AUGUAUGUAUGCAUGUAUGUAUGUAUGUAUGUACGUAUGUAUAAGUGUCUCGGCCCGAUUCGAAGACCUCCCCUUUUUCUGACCUCAGCUCUUCAUGGGCAGCUCGCGAUGCCUCGCUCUCUUGCUUCGAGCCCUUCAGAUCACUCUUCUUCUAGCUCUUCUGAUAGCAGCUCGACCGCCCGAUCCGACGACAGCUCGAGCACGAAGCGGGCACGAGCCAGGGCCAAAGCUGCUGCGCUUAGAGCAAAGGAAGCCAGAAGAAUGGCUCGACUGCUGGCGUGGUUUACCAAGAAACUCGUGGUCAUGCUCUGUGAACAACUACUGGAAGCAGAGUACAAAAGUGAGGGAAGAACCACCCGACAGGUGGCUGGCAUGCUUUCUUCGCUGCGACGCAGAUCGCAAAACAUGUCGCCACUGGAAGUCGUUGCGGUCACCCGUCCGAGUUUGUCAGGGGACACUGCUCAAGGCCUGCAAGCCGAUUCCAGCCGACUACUGGCUAUGCUGGAGACGCCCAUUCCGGACAACGACUAUACAUGGAUGUUCUCGGAUAAAGUGGGCAAUAUUGGUGACCCCACGCGUCAACAGGUACAACAGCACCUGCAGCUAUUGCUGGUACGUGGACUGGCCAGAAGCUUGCAUACGCCGGAACCGGAGCGGUUUGUUCAACAGGCAGUGGUCUAUGCCUCCUUCGGCUGGUAUGUGGAAUGCCUCUGGCUUACUUGGCACCUACUGUCUGACGACGACAGACGAGCCUUCCAGAGAUGGUACCACCGAGUACCCACCGAUUCUCCGGAUGCCAUCGAAGACCAGCUCCCGAUGGAACUGGAGGAUGCCGAGGAAGCGGACAACGAACCGGAGCCUGCACGUGGGUCUCGAGAUCCACGGCCCCCUGUGCGGCCAAGGCAGCCCCAGGGCGAUGAGGAACCUCAAGAGGUUGGGCCGCGUCGGUCCCAAGUCCGACGACAACCGGGGGCAUCCUGA